UCCCUGUCCUUUGGCGCACACCAGUGUUUGGAGAUCUUUGAAAACACAAACCAAAACACCAGCCCCGAAGCCCCAACCCCUUGGCUAGCUCUUAUGGGAAUGAAACACUCCUCCCGCUGCCUGCUCCUAAGGAGGAAAAUGGCGGAGAACGCUGCCGACAGCACCGAGGUUUGCACCAUUCCAUCCCAGCCUCCACAGCCUACUGUUGUUCCAAAGCCAGUUCAAUCUGUCAUACAUGUUCCAUUGCAACCAAGCUGCCCGGGCCGAGGCAAGAUGGCAAAGCUCAUCAAUCCAGAAGAGAUGACAUCCAGGGAUUAUUACUUUGAUUCCUAUGCUCACUUUGGAAUUCAUGAGGAAAUGUUAAAAGAUGAAGUGCGCACAUUAACCUAUAGAAACUCAAUGUAUCACAAUAAACAUGUUUUUAAAGAUAAGAUUGUCCUCGAUGUUGGAAGCGGCACAGGAAUCCUCUCCAUGUUUGCUGCAAAGGCAGGAGCCAAGAAGGUAUAUGGGAUUGAAUGCUCAAGUAUAUCUGACUACUCAGAAAAAAUUAUCAAGGCCAACCACUUGGACAACAUAAUCACAAUAUUUAAAGGUAAAGUGGAAGAAGUUGAAUUACCUGUGGAUCAAGUAGACAUCAUCAUCAGCGAGUGGAUGGGUUACUGUCUGUUCUAUGAGUCAAUGUUAAACACAGUCAUCUUCGCACGAGACAAGUGGCUGAAACCUGGAGGGCUAAUGUUUCCAGACCGAGCUGCUUUGUACGUGGUAGCAAUUGAAGACAGACAGUACAAGGACUUCAAAAUUCACUGGUGGGAGAAUGUGUACGGCUUUGACAUGACCUGUAUUAGGGAUGUUGCCAUGAAGGAGCCCUUGGUGGACAUAGUAGAUCCAAAGCAAGUGGUGACCAAUGCCUGCUUAAUAAAGGAAGUAGAUAUUUAUACAGUGAAGACUGAAGAAUUGGAAUUUACUUCUGCAUUCUGCCUCCAAAUUCAGCGCAAUGAUUACAUUCAUGCCUUGGUCACCUAUUUUAAUAUUGAAUUUACAAAAUGCCACAAGAAGAUGGGAUUUUCUACAGCACCUGAUGCUCCUUAUACUCACUGGAAGCAAACUGUCUUCUAUUUGGAGGACUAUUUAACUGUGAGACGAGGAGAAGAAAUCUAUGGGACUAUAUCCAUGAAACCAAAUGCAAAAAAUGUGCGUGACCUGGAUUUCACAGUAGACUUGGAUUUUAAAGGACAGCUAUGUGAAAUGUCAGUAUCUAAUGACUACAAAAUGCGUUAGCAAGAAACCUUUCAGAGAGAUGAAAAGGAGAAUUUUAUCAAGUCUUGAACUGCUGAGCUUCAAGCUAGGAACAACUGUUCACAAGAUUAUUAUAUUAAGUUCUAGAAUGUUUACUCUGAUGGAGGGUGGUAACCUGAUCUUUCUUGCAGAUAGUACAGGGGGCUGGGAUCCCACUGUGAAUGUACAGUAUACAGAACUGUAGCUUUUGUUAAACAUAGAAAAAAAAUAAGCAACAGUCUUGAGUGUUCUGGUUAACUUUAGGAUGGCAAAAGAUGCAUAUACAAAUUGUAUUACUUACUGUGAAUUUCUGGUUCUUCCAAGCUUUGCAUGUUAAAGAUGAUUAGGGCAGUUCUCUCACUAUGAAAGACUACUACAGCACAUUACUGUGAUAGUAUUACUGGACUUAUAUUCAAUAUAAAUGAAUAUAUAUAUUGUACAUGAGGAAAAAAAUUCAUUUCAUAAUAGGAAUUUGUUUUGUGAUUAUUUAAUUCUCAUAAUGCAGUUAUGGAAAGAGGAUGAUGUUACCUUUGGCACUAAUCUAGGCAGUGAUAUAUUCCAUUAACUGUCCAAUGUUACAGCUGUGGUAAAUAUUCCAUGCAAAGUGUAGAUAAGAGCUGGGCAUUUACAGAAAGUUCAACAACUAUAUUUUUGAAUGUCCUCUGAAUAUGUGGACCAUUAGUUUUGAAAUUCACCUUCACAACUGGAUGUCUGUCAGAGCUUUAAAAAACAUUAGCUUUUUAUCCUUGAAAAUAUUCUGUGAUGA